GAGAGAAAAAAAAUGGGAAGAAGAAGAGAGAUAAAGUAUAGUAUUCCUUCUAAAAUUAUGCCAUAAAACCUUACUUUGAUUUUCAGAGAGAAUCCAAAGGCUUCAAAAAAAACACCCCACCCCCCCAUAGCUUUCUUCUUCCUCCAUUUUUUUCCUUUUUUUUUUUAUAAAAAAAAAAACAAGUAACUGCCCCUUAUACUAAGUACAAACAGAAAAACAGAAAGAACAAAAGAAAGAAAAAGACUAUAGAGAUAGAUAGGCAAAACCAAGAAAAUUAAAGUGGUAGAGGUUUUUUUUUUGUAUAUAUAUAGAGGGAAAGGAGUGUUCAUUUCAUUCAGUUCAGUUUCAAUUGCAAUCAAAGGACUGAGCACAGGAGGGUUGCGGAACUGGUGUUUGUUCUAGGGUUCAAUCUGGAAGACAUGUUGGAGGAUCGUACGUGUAUGGUUCAAAGGGAUUGUCUAACAGAAAAUAACUGGACGACGGGCUGCAUGAGUUAUCACAUUGAUAGGAUUGAUGCCCAGAAUGGCAAAAGGCCAUUGGAAAAUGACGAGGAAGGUGUAAAUGUGCAAUGCAAGUUGCAGAAGCAGUCUGAUGGUUCUGAGCUAGAUGGAGGGGUUUUCUCCGUGGGCAAUUCUUCAGCAUCCGCUGAUGAGCAAGCUGACAAUCAGGCUCGUGCUGUAGAGAAUUUCAAUUCAGCAAUCGCUGAUGAGCAAGCUGACAAUCAAGCUCAUGCUGUAGAGAAUUUCAAUUCAGCAAUCGCUGACGAGCAAGCUGACAAUCAGGCUCGUGCUGUAGAGAAUAUUGAUUCAGCAUCCGCUGAUAUGCAAGCUAACAAUCAGGCUCGUGCUGUAGAAAAAAUUGAUUCAGCAUCUGCUGAUGAUCAAACUGACAAUCUGGCUCGUGCUGUAGAGAAUUUUGAUUCAGCAUCCGCUGAUGAGCAAGCUGACAAUGAGGCUCGUGCUGGGGAGUAUUUUAAUUCAGCAUCCGAUGAUGAGCAAGCUGACAAUCAGGUUCUUACUUGGGAGGAUUUUGAUUCAGCAUCCGAUGAUGAGCAAGCUGACAAUGAGGCUCGUGCUGGUGACUAUUUUGAUUCCGAUGAUGAGCAAGCUGACAAUCAGGCUCUUGCUUGGGAGGAUUUUGAUUCCGCAUCCGAUGAUGAGCAAGCUGACAAUCAGGCUCUUGCUUGGGAGGAUUUUGUUUCAGCAUCCGAUGAUGAGCAAGCUGACAACGAGGCUCGUGCUGGGAAGAACUUUGGUUCAGCAUCCGCUGAUGAGCAAGCUGAUAAUAAGGGUCAUGCUGAGGAUGAUUCUGCUGCAGCACCCCCUGAUGAGCAAGCUGGCAAUCAGCAUCAGACUGGGGAUGAUGCUGGGGACAAUGCUGAUAUCAGUUCGCUUAUUCCUGCCAUUGGCCGGGAUAACUCUGUAAGUUCUCUCGCUUGGUGCUCAAGGUCAGAUUAUAGCACCUUAGCAUCUUUGAAUAGUGCAUUUCGCUCAUUAGUUAGGAGCGAUGAGCUGUAUAGGUUGCGACGAAAAAUUGGUGUGGUGGAGCACUGGGUGUAUUUCUCGUGCCAGCUGCUCGAAUGGGAUGCAUUCGACCCCAAUAGGCGCCGUUGGAUGAAACUGCCGACGAUGAAUCCCAAUGAGUGCUUCGUGUUCUCCGACAAGGAAUCUUUGGCAGUUGGUACAGAGCUUCUUGUUUUUGGAAAGGAGGUGUUGUCACAUGUUAUUUAUCGGUACAGCUUACUGACAAAUACAUGGACAACCGGGAUGCAGAUGAAUGCGCCUCGAUGCCUGUUCGGUUCUGCCAGCCUUGGAGCGAUUGCCAUUCUCGCUGGCGGCUGUGAUUCACGAGGGAUAAUCCUUAGCUCGGCUGAGAUCUACAACUCGGAGGACGGCUCGUGGAGGGUAUUGCCUAGCAUGAACCGCCCACGGAAGAUGUGCUCUGGCGUUUUCAUGGACGGUAAAUUUUACGUGAUAGGGGGUAUUGGUGGAGCUGACGGGACGCUGAUGACAUGUGCUGAGGAGUAUGACCUGACAACAGGAAAAUGGACGGAAAUCCCAAACAUGUCCCCUGUGCGACCUAACGCUGGUAGGACUGAUAUCCCUGCUUCAUCCGAAGCACCUCCACUGGUGGGAGUUGUUAAUAACGAACUAUAUUCUGCCGAUUAUGCUGCCAUGGUGGUUAGGAAGUUUGACAAGUCAAGCAAGACAUGGGUUACCAUGGGAGGGUUGCCUGAAGGAGCUGCUUCCAUGAAUGGAUGGGGUUUAGCAUUUCGUGCCUGUGGCGAUAGAUUGAUUGUAGUUGGAGGUCCUAGGGCUAUGGGCGAUGGGUAUAUUGGGGUGAAUUCGUGGGUGCCGAGUGAAGGGCCUCCAGUAUGGACCUUGCUUGGCAGUAAGAGUUCUGGUACUUUUGUGUAUAAUUGCGCAGUUAUGGGGUGCUGAAGAUUUGGCAGCACCAUGUAGCGGGUGUUUGGGUUCCGAUCAUUACAUAAUUGGUUUCCGGGGGCAACAGGAUUCUUGCUAAUGGGUAAUUUAUCAAAAACUUUUUUAUCUUAUCAGAAAAAACUUUCCUUUUUAACCUCUUUUCAGAAUGGGGAAGCACAAACUGGACUCAAGAUUCAACUACAUACAAGGUCUUGAGUACAAUUUUCUUUUCCAUUUCAACUUCAAUCAAGUCAAUCGUCUUCUCCAGUAACAUGAUAUUCCAAAGGUGGUCAUCAAAAUAGUUUUAAGGUUAGGUGAAAUAACGAGCAAUACAGUUAUAGUUUUUCUAUUAGUGUCUGCUAAAAGCUACUAUAUAGAUAAGUAAGUAGUAGAAACUUGGGUCCUUUUUUGGGUUUUGCGAUCUUUAUUUUCUUGACUUAGUCGAGGAGAGAAAUAAAGUUCUGCAAGGUUGUUCUUCGGCAUAAUAUAGGCUUGUGUAUUAGUACUUUUAUAUUUUCCUGCAGUUGGUCGUCUAUAAACCUAGUUUACUUGUAAGACAGUUGGUAGCGCUAUGGAAAUGAAAAUACUUUUGUUCCAA